GCGGAAGCAGAGCCUGCCGUCGUGUUGUUUUCUGCGGGGAGAAGGAGGAAGAGGAGGAGACGGCGGAGAGGGAGAGGAUGGUGGCUGUGACGGCCGCCUCAGGGGAGGAUGGAGUGCGCAGAGUAUCUAGAAGAGCUUCCUGAAACAGAUGAACCUGCUUGGAUCUUGGGAAGGCAACACCAACUUAAAACUGAAAAAUCCAAGCUUCUUUUGGACAUAAGCUCUCGCCUUUGGUUUACCUACAGAAGAAAGUUUUCACCAAUCGGUGGCACAGGCCCAUCCUCAGAUGCAGGCUGGGGCUGCAUGCUGCGAUGUGGACAGAUGAUGCUAGCACAGGCUCUGAUCUGCCGGCACCUGGGAAGGGAUUGGCAUUGGGAGGAACAUAAAAAGCAACCUGAAGAAUAUCACAGGAUCUUGCGUUGUUUCUUAGACAGAAAAGAUUGCUGUUACUCCAUCCACCAAAUGGCACAGAUGGGUGUUGGUGAAGGGAAGUCUAUUGGAGAAUGGUUUGGACCAAAUACGGUUGCCCAGGUGCUCAAGAAAUUGGCACUCUUUGAUGAAUGGAACUCUCUAGCCGUUUAUGUGUCUAUGGACAACACUGUGGUGAUUGAAGAUAUCAAGAAGAUGUGCCGGUUCCCCACCCAGAACUGCCCCCCGGGUGCCCACUGCAGCCCUCUCUCGCACCGGAGUCUGCUGAGCCGGAACAGGAGCCCUGGCGGGUUCUGCUGUGGUUGGAAGCCUCUGCUGCUGAUUAUACCUCUUCGCUUGGGGAUAAACCACAUCAACCCAGUCUAUGUGGACGCGUUUAAGGAGUGUUUUAAGAUGCCGCAGUCUUUGGGAGCUUUAGGAGGAAAACCAAACAAUGCCUACUAUUUUAUAGGAUUUCUAGGAAAUGAGCUGAUCUACCUGGACCCUCAUACCACUCAGCUUUUUGUAGAUUUUGAGGAAAAUGGCACUGUCGACGACCGAAGCUUUCACUGCCAGCAAGCGCCUCAUCGGAUGAAGAUUAUGAAUCUCGAUCCCUCUGUAGCAUUAGGAUUCUUUUGUAAAGAAGAAACAGACUUUGAUAACUGGUGUAGCCUUGUGCAAAAGGAGAUACAUAAACAGCAGAGUCUGCGAAUGUUUGAGCUGGUUCAGAAGCACCCACCACACUGGCCUCCUUUUGUACCGCCUACGAAGCCAGAAGUGACAACUACCGGUGCAGAGCUUAUUGAAUCCACCGAUAAACUGUUUGAGUUGGAAGAAGAGUUUGAGAUCCUGAGCGUAUGAAGGGCACCUCCGCUGACCUUUUGGCACGCAACCCGUGUCGUGUGUAGCAUUUUGCCAGUGACUGAGACCACACAUAGCCUUUCCAGCCCCCAAGUGCCUGCAUACGAACAGUGACGACACAGCACAAGACCUGAACAGUACCUCGAAGGGGGGAGAACCCUUCGGGAAGCGAAAAAAUCCUGGCUCCGGCUUGUGCAUUUCCCCCCCAGAAAUAUAUAUAUUUUUUUCCGAAGUAAAUGAGACUUUUUGGGGGGAGAUGAAAGCAAAAAAAAAAAAAAAAAGAUAUUGAAGUAAAGACUCUACUGAGAAUCGCCUCAAAGGCAUCGACCUUUGGACGGUUGUUAUUCCUCGAUGUAGUAUAUAAUGCAAUAGUUCUGCUCACGCUGAAAACAUGUUGUCGAGGCGAAGAAGCGUGUGGCCUCUGGUCCCUUUGCGUGGGCAGUUCCCUAGGAAUAAAUGUCUUUGUCUCGUCUUAAAAGCUCAGUUAGAUCAGGCAAAAAAUUAAUAAUAAUGGUUUUGUAAAAGGUUUUCACAUUUGUGCGGCCACCACACUUCCGGAACCAAGAAGCCCAGCCGUUUCUAUGAAAGGAACUCCUUUAAUGAUGCAACGUUGCCUCCUGUUUCUAGGAGAUACGCAAAUGAAUGGGGGACAUGGAGGACUGCCCCCGAAUUUCCCCAUCUUUUUCUUCCACCUCUGGGAAAAGAAGGCGCAUCACACAAUAAGCCUGAAACAGGAUGCCUCACUCUUUCUCAUGACAUCGUUCACCCUGCCCUUAAUAGUUCCAAUCAUUAUUAAAACUCACUUUGGUUUUGCUUCUAAGUUAAAAAAAAGAGAAAAAAUACUUUUGUUAUAAUUGUAUAUUAUUUAUUUUAAAUUAAACAUUUACAGUUUUCUCCC